GUUGGUCAUUCCUCAUUUUCCAGAGUCGAACGCAGUCCACCCAGGUAAAUGCAUGCUCAGGACACGUACGGGUAGAAGUAGACACGUUGAGACGCAACCAGCGAGGGGUGCCUCCAGCGUAUGAACGACCCCAUGUUCAUCACGCUGGUCGCUGAGAUUAUACCCUUAAUCACCUGAUCCGGGUAAAACCGGCGGAGGGACUGCUGUUGUUCAUGUUUUGCAUCUUUCUACUUCUCUAGCACUUUACCAUGCACUCCAUCCGUUCUGCCAUCACCAAGCGCGCCCUCUCCACCGUGGGCCCCCAUGCUCCUCGCAUCAAGCGCUCGGGUAGCGCCAACUUGCCUGACCCGGCAUGGCGCGCUGCCAAUGCGGCCCGUACAACGCCGUUCGACGGAUACACUUUCGCACCCGUGAAGGAAGCCGAAGUAUCCCGCGAAAUGACUACUCGUUACAUGAAGGACAUGUACGACUUUGCCGACUCGGAUGUGAUCAUCGCCGGUGCCGGUUCCGCUGGCUUGUGCGCUGCGUACGAACUGUCCAAGCACCCGAACAUCCGCGUGGCCAUUAUCGAACAAAGCGUCGCCCCUGGCGGUGGCGCGUGGUUGGGCGGUCAAUUGUUUUCGUCCAUGAUUGUGCGCAAGCCGGCGCACCACUUUUUGGACGAAUUGGAGAUCCCGUACGACACCAAGGGCGACCACGUUGUGAUCAAGCACGCCGCUUUGUUCACGUCCACGAUCAUGAGCAAGGUGCUCAAGGCCGACAACAUCAAGCUCUUCAACGCCACGGCCAUCGAAGACUUGAUCAUUAAGAAGGGCAAGGUCGGCGGCGUCGUGACCAACUGGACGUUGGUGACCCUCAACCAUGGCACCCAAUCGUGCAUGGACCCGAACGUGAUGGAAGGCAAGGUGCUCAUCUCGGCGUGCGGCCAUGACGGCCCCAUGGGUGCGUCCGGCGUCAAGCGCCUACAGAACAUCGGCAUGGUCGACCACAUCCCCGGCAUGGGCUGCUUGGACAUGGGCGCCGCCGAAGACGCGAUCGUCAAGGGCACCCAAGAAAUCGUGCCUGGCAUGAUUGUGUGCGGCAUGGAAGUGGCCGAAUUGGAAGGCGCGCCGCGCAUGGGCCCUACGUUCGGCGGCAUGAUGAUCUCGGGCCAGAAGGCCGCCCAUUUGGCGUUGGAAUCCCUCGGCAUCAAGAGCCACCUCGACCCCAACAUGUCGUUCGACAUGAACCCGCUGCGCAAGGCCGCGUAAAUGGCCGACCUCUGUAGUAGUGAGAAUAAUGUACACUUGUUUUGAUCAUCCAGAUUACGUCAAUGAGUUGGCUGGAUGAAGGACAUGUACAGGACGUGGUGGAAACGCCACUAACGUUAACUUGAAAGUUGUGGGUA